CACUUAUACAAAUUGAUUUAAAUCGAUAGGACAUUAGGUACGUUGAGCUUUGUAAAAACAAAUCAUAUCAAAUAUGGAGAAGUCUUGAAACCAGAUAUCAUAAAUUUCACAAUCAUUUAGUACCUAUAAGGAAGGGAAUAUAGAGAUAUUAAUGGGGAAUGAAUAUUGAUGUUAUAAGAUAAACUUGGAAACAGCUGGAAACGGACACAGAGGCUGUGAUAUCGUGGGAAGGGUUUUUAAUCAUGGCCAAACAAAAGGCCGUGACAGGUGAAAAGAGCUACUGAUUAGCCAACCUGUAGAACACUUUUGCGGUGUUCGAACCCCGCCACCACAAUGGCGGAUAACCCUUUAAAGAAAGAUAAAGUCAGGCAUUGGAUGUAUUCCGUGCUUGGUCUUCGAGUUAUUGCGAGAGGAUUAAAGCCACUGGUGACGACUAAACUCAAAGGUUUCCAUUCGGAUAUGAAACAAAAAGUCCAGUUUUCGUGUGGAAUACCGAUGUAUAACUGUCAAGCAUGUACCAUGGAAACUCUUUCAAUAAAUCAUAGUGGCACGUGCCCGCACAAAUGUAAAAAGUACUGUCUAUGCACUAAUAGAAGAGGUGGAAAACGAGUUACUUGCAAACAGAACAACGCUUGCGGUCAGAUGUAUGAGUUCAUCAUCGUUGAACAUGUUGCCAAUUCGCCAAAUUGGGGGCAAACAGAUGUCACAAAAUGGUCAAUAGACCCAUUUGCAGUAGCUACGUGUUUUACGUCCUCAAGAAAAGGUUUGGAGGAACUCGAAAUAACCUCAUUGAUAGAUCUUUGUUUGAAUAUCAAGUCGAUAACUCAAGAAUUUGAGAAGUCAACACAAGACCUGCUACUUACGGUAAGAAAGAUAAGAAAUGAUGUAUUUCACAGCGGAGAAAUGGAGAUAAGCAAACAACAAUUGCACGACUACCUCGGGCAGAUGAAAACAUUGCUAGACAGCAUUUCGAGUGCAGAAAAAGAGAAUGGAUUAGAAAAUGCCAAAAAAGAAAUUGACGAUCUGUUAGCAGGAAAUUGGUUCCUCGUUGAUCAGGAAUUAAAGGACGCGUAUAAAGAAAUUCACAAUGCAUUCAGCGAUGAUAUACAACGUCUGAAAGUUCACAUUGAAUCAAAACCGACGGAAGAAGAGAUGGAAGUAAUGAACAAAAGAUUCGAGCAUUUAAAUGAAAUAUUCGACCAACAAACUGCAUCCCAUACUGCGCAAUACAUAGCCAUUUCAAUACGAGUGGACAGCUUAGAACAGGACCACAGAUCACUCAACAGAAAAGUAACAGGGUUAGCAGAGUCUUUUGGAAAACUGCUGGUACAUCUGAACAAUCCAGAUUUGAAAAACAUGGUACAAUCAACUGUCGAAUUAACCAUGGAGUUGUCGGAGACACCGGAUGGCAGACAUGCGGAGAUAUUGGACAGUGCUGAGUUACGUUUAAAAGCAUGUACCAAAGCCGAAAAGUCAGAAGACCUUUCCACAGAAAUGAGUGAAGAAAAAGACAUUGUGGAAACGUUAAGCAAAGAAGGCAAAGAUCUAGAAUGUGUCAAAAAGAAAAGUAUUGCAUUGACAUUUCGAUGUCGAACACUUUCAAGUCUCGUUUCAUUGCUACAAGACUGCGUUAGUGGGAAGCUUACAGAGCGGUUUUCUCCUUUUGCAAAAUCCCUUGCUCAGCAGUUCAACCUUCCGAAUCUUAGCCUUGGAGUUUACAUCUACGAAAAUGAGCUUCAAACUUGUCUUAAUAACGUCAAUAAGUGUGUGAUGGAUCUGGUCACAAAAAUGGAGACAACAGAAACACUAAAAGAAGAAGAUUUCCUUAGGUACGUCCUUGAUUUUGCAGCUGAACAGAGUCGAGAAGUUCUUCCCAAAUUCUUUCCCUUCGUUGAAGAGGAAAUUGAUAAAACAUUUGUUGAUCCCGAGAUAGUUUACAAUGGAAAAUGCGGUACUGUUGAAAAGAUUGGACAUUUACUUUUACAAAACAGAAAUGACAAAACAAGCAAUACUUUAACUUUGGAAGGGGAGCAAGGAAUUGGAAAAACAAUCAUUUGCAAAAAGAUAUUGCUAUCAUGGUGUCAAACAAAUCGGAAAGAAACAUCUUUGAACAACAUGACCGUUGAAAUGAACAAGUUUACAGAGGUUUUGAAAGAUAGCUUGAAACAGUUCAAAUACUGUAUGUUUUUCCAAUGGAGUGAUGACACAACACCAAAACACAUUGAUGAAGAAAUGCUAGCUUUGCAAGUGCGACAAGACGCGAGAGAAACAUUUAGAAAGCUCCUUUCCGAAAGACCUGAUGAUUUCCUAUUUAUUUUGGAUUGUGGCACUGAUCCGGUUAGCGUCAAAUGCAACCCAUUCAUUAUCAUAACAAAAAGAACUCAAAUCUACGAUGCGGAUUUUGCUAGUGAUGCGAAAACAGUUGGGGUAAAGGGUUUUCGUCGGCCUAAACUCCAACAGCUCGUCAAAAACAUUUCCAGACAAUUGUUCUCGGAAAGUGAGGACGAUGCCAACGCAUUUCUUAGCGAUUUUCUAAACACCGAAAGUAUGCAAAAUCCCAGAUCAUUCACCAGAAAUCCACUCAUAUGCAAAUAUUUCGUUUAUGCAUUGUACUUGAGAAGAAACCAACCAAAUUCAAAUUUAAUCAUCAGUGAUCACAAUAUUGAGAUAUCGAACAUUAAACUCAGUCAUACACAAGUUGCGUUACUCCGAACACUGCCCCUCCAUCUGUAUAAUACAGGAGUCAAAAUAGACGGUUUCCAAAGUGAACCAGAUGAUGAAUGUGGAUGUUCCGUGCUUGGACCAGAAUAUGGCCGAUGGAAUGUGUUCAUUAAAGAGAUGAAAAUAACACAUUCUAGCAACCCGCUACGUCAUUCAAUGAGAUGCCCAUAUUUAGAAAGGUUUCAUUUUGUUAAUAGUACUAGCUUCUCACACGUUAUCGACACCCUUGAGUAUUCUUCGCCAGUUCUAAGGUCACUCACAUUAGAACGAAUUGAAAUCACUCAUUCGGAAGCUACACGACUGUUGUGCAAUAUAGAAAGUUUAACAGAAGUGUUUUUCAAAGAUGUGAACGCUCGCAAGGAUGACAAGAUUUGCGAAUGUUGCACGCACUUCACAUAUGAACAUAAGAUGAUCAUAGAAUCAUUGGUUAUUGACAACUCUGAUCAAGUUCUGUGUCACAUAGCACUUGCCCCGAAUCUAAAACAAUUGCAGCUUAAAAAUGUAAAAGUGACACAUAACAUCCUGGAACUUGCAAGAACCAAUGCAUACCAAGUUCUGUAUUCUCUCGUACUAGACGGCCUUCGGCUAUCACAUGCAGAAAUUGCGUCGUUGCUGUGCAAAAUACCGACCCUAAAAGAAGUGUCCUUGAAGAAAAUAACAACUUACCAUGACAACGAAUGCAAUUGCGAGAGCGGCUCAAAGAACACAUUAGACAUGAACAAUGUUGAAUUUCUUCAAGUUCAGGCAUCGAAAGGCGUCAUGAAUCUCAUCGAUUCUGCAGUCAAAUUAAAGACGUUGCAUUUGCAUCAAUGGGAUAGUGUUAAAAAGAUUCUCAAAAUCACCAUAAGGAGCUCUCUCUUACAUCACGUAUCGAUUGAUGUCGACCAAAUAAGUCACACUGAAGCAACGUACCUGCUUUGUGCCAUAGAGUCGCUUCGGCAUCUUGCCAUAUACACAAAGGUCUGUGUUAUUGGUCCAAGUUGUGGAUGCAGAGUCAGGUCAUCAAGAAAAAAGGACCAAUGCGAGAUGCAUUCCAAAUUAGUUCCAAAACACUUGCACGUGAACUCUGUUGCAUGCCUAACGCAUGUAAACAAUGCAACAUCUCUCAAUAAACUGACAGUACAUGGUCUAGUAAUAAAACAAGAUGAAGCGUCGAUUCUUGUAAAACUGCUGGAGAAUGCACGUACUGAUUUCUUUUUAACAUUCAAUGGAACGGAGUGCAGUAUUCAAUUGCUUAAAAUGAUAAUGCAUAGUCUACGUGCGAACAAAGCAACCAUAGAACUUCUCAAUGUAGUCGUGACCUCUGCCACGGACAUUGCAAUGCUGGUAGAGGAUACACCACCGUUUAUUCUGAUAGGCCAUACAAUGGCAGCCUACAAAGCCGCCGAAGGAGAAAAACCGCGACUUUGUAUUGAGAAAGCUACCAUCUCUUGUGAACCAAAGAAGCCGCAGCGGCCCACACAGUAACAACACAUAACAUACUGGCAGGGGUGAUUUCAGGCGACUUCUUGUAUGCAUGUAUACAAGGACGGGUGACGUGUUCUAGAUCAAAUUACCCCUGUGGUUCAUUUCUUCAGCGGACGCGGAGUUUUUGAACAACUGAUGUUAGAAAAUCAGACGUCAACCACUUUUAAAGGGACUCUCUGAUUUGUUUGUAAAAUGCACUUUUUGUAUAACAGAACACAGUGUGGCAAAUCCUAAGGAUUGUUGAAAUACAUGAAGGCUGGAACCCUUACACAAAUGUUGAUAUAUACUCAAAUAUUGUCUUUGAAGUCCACGACUUUGAAUAGCGUUAGUGACGCGAUUUAACAAAAGGCUUUUAUAAAAGGUUUAAAGCCCUCGGGCAAUUAUUCCUCCCAAUGGGGCAAUUAUCAACCAAAAGCCAUGUUCAACCAUGUUUUAUUCUAUAAGUAAUAUACAAUAUGAAUUUGUAGUACGUACGUAUACAUGUGCAUGAUGUAACUUUAUAAAUACAUUUUCAUUGGACGACAAAGAUACCCGAGGCCGUCGUCCUUUUCCGUAAACUUCUAUACGCAAUUAAAGCUGUGUAUUGGAAAAAUUUAUAAGCGGAAGUGUCAGUGACAGGGGAUUAAUGGCCGCUAAUUAGUGAUUAUAUGGCUUCAUGGGGACCAAAAUUAGUGGCCGUGGCCGCGUUAGACAGUUGGCCGCUUAAUGCACGUACAUUAUAUAGUAAAAACGUACGGGGGGAAUUGGGAGUGGCCCGUUAAGGCAGGUGGCCAUUUAAAGCAAGUGACCGUUCAACAAGGUUUGACUGUAACAUGAUUUUAUGCUAUAUUUGAAUAAAGUUUGAUUAACAU